AUGGCCUCGGAAGUAGUCAACAAGCUGCAGAACCUGGUCACAGGAGAGUCGAAGAGCGCCCGCAAGAAGAAGGGCAAGCAAGAGGGAGCUACCGCAGUACCCGCUGCGCCUGAGAAGACGUCUUCCGAGGCUGGCGCAGGUGGCUCCAACCCCGCCGGCAAGGCCAAUGGAACCGAUAGCGACAACUCGUACCUCCGCGAGGUUCAGAAGAAUAUCCGCAACAUCAACAAGAAACUGAGCGCAACCCAAAAGGUCGACUCCAUAAUCGCAGCGAAUCCCGGCGUUUCUCUCGACGACCUCCUCGCUUCCAAGAAGAUCAAUGCCGACCAGAAAGCUCAAGCUGAGAGGAAACCCGGUCUCCAGGCUCAGCUUGCGCAGUACGAAGAACAAUACACCAACUACAAGAAGUACGGCGAUGAGCUCGAGGCCAAGUUCGCAAAGGAGAAGGAGGUCCUGUCCAAGUCACACUCGUCGGAGCUUGAGACAUUGAGGGGAACGAUCAAGGCCGAGGCAGCGCUGGAGCAGCAGAAGAUCGUCAAGGAGAAGUUGCUGACACUGUCUCGCUUCCUGAGGGCCGCGGCUGCUCGUCGUCAACUUGAGGAUGACGACUCCGACCUGACCAAGGCUUUCGAGGGUGCUCUGCUUCAAGUCUAUGGAGGAGACGCCGGCGCUGUCAUGGCUGCAGAGAAGCUGAUCGAGGGUGCGGAAGAAGGAGUACCAUCCACCGAGGGAGUGGUACUCAGCGUCACCUAUUCUCAGGUCAAGCAGGCAGCACUCGACGAAGCCCCAUUCGCCGCCGAAGAAGCUUGGGUUGACGACGUCGCGCAGUCUCAAGCAGCUCCUCCCGAGGCACAGACUGGCUCCGACCCAACCAUCACCAACGCUGGUCUUACUGAGAUCGACGCUGGCGCGAAGCCUGUUACCGAAACUACCGAGACCGCGUCAGCUGCACCGGCGGCUUCUGGCAUUGGAAUGGAGUCAGCAAACGCUGCUGCAGAGGCACAAUGGGACAAGCAACCAACCGGCGCUGAUGACCCAUUGACUGAGUCCUUCGAGAUGGUACCGCGAGACCCCGCCGAGACCGAGACACCACACGUCGCUGCCGCCGUAACCAGCACCCAGAGCUGGGCCGACGAUACCCCCGAGCCGAGCGCGGCACCUGCCGCUCCUACAUCCGGUAACGAUGGCUUCUCCGAGGUUCACCACAACCGUGGCGGCCGGGGACGUGGUGGUCACCCAGGUGGUGAGCGAGGCGGAUACCGCGGCAGGGGCCGAGGCGGUCCUAGGGGCGAGUUCCGCGGUCGUGGCCGUGGCGGCCGUGGAGAGUUCAGGGGUGGGCGUGGCGGUUUCCGCGGCGCUCCUCGUGGAGAAUCGUCAUAA